AUGAAACGCCACUUCGUGGACCACGGCAGAAAACAGUCCCCAGCGGAUGAGGCCACCCUCGUCUUAGCCAGCCCAGAGUCCACGGAGGACAGCGUGGAAGUGUCCUGGCCAGGUGCUGUGGAGAGGGGGGCGCAGUGUCCACGGCCGGGGCCAGCCGCUGCCCAGCAGGAGGACGUCUGCUCUGCCUCCAGGGCCAGGGGCUUGCUGAGCUGGUACAGCUCUCCGUCCUCCCAGUCCCAGUCCUGCUACUCCUGCCUGUGCAGCGACGAGGACCCGGGCCAGCAGAGCGCCAGCGCCUUCUACACGCUGGUGCGGACGGUGCAGAGCGUGGCCGUGGCCUGGGAGACCGAGGCCGGCUUCCAGCCGGUCAGCCGGGAGCCCCGCGUGCGGGAGGCCGAGUUCACCAGGAGGCAGAGGAGGAAAUACUCCCCCUUCGAGGUGGCUUCCCACAGUGGCCCCUACUGGGACCCGGAAGCCAGCAAGGACGAGGACUGUCCGGAACAGGACGGCGCGGAGCUGCUGGGGCCUCUGGAGAGCUGCCUGCAGGAGCUGCAGGACACCCCGGACUGGCUGGUCACCACGGACUACGGGCUGCGCUGCGUGGCCUGUUGCCGCGUCUUCCUCACGCUGGAGGCGCUGCUGGAGCACGUGCAGUUCGGGGUCCAGGAGGGCUUCAGCUGCCAGGCCUUCUUCGAGAAGAUGCUGGAGAGAAGGCAGGCGCAGGACCAGGAGCAGGCGGAGGAAGAACAGAGCCCUUCCGGCAGCAGUGAGUGUCCGAAGCGCCGCAGCAGGCCGCGCCCGUCGCUGCGGCAGCAGUGA